CACAGUGACGCGUGACAAUUCAGUCCACAACCCGGGAGAGCGGGACAGGCAGCGGAACAGUUGGGGGGUAUGGCUUUACUUCCACACACACAAAGCAUGGUUCUGUCUGCAGCAUCUAUGAGAGUCUAAAAGCACGGCAUUGGCGAUAUUAACCAGCAUGGAUGGCCAUAAAAAACUGGUUGUUGUUGAAGACUUUGUGGAAUAUAAGCUGUAUAUGGUGACCCAAAAACCAAGUGAUGCAGAGACAGAGAAAAAGAUUCUUCAGGAGUAUAUAGAGAGCAUACUGGCUAAGUUUGCACCAUUACUGGCUCCUUAUAUCUGGCAGAACCAGCCAUUCAAUCUGAGAUACAAAGCUAAAAAAGGUGAUACCCCUGCUCACAUUGGAGGAAUGACACAUUUUGGUGAUAAUAUGGAAGAUGAGUGGUUUAUUGUGUACCUUAUCCAACAGAUUACCAAGGAGUAUCCAGAAGUGGCAGCCAGUGUCGAGGACAACGACGGUGAGUUUUUGCUAAUAGAAGCUGCGGAUUUCCUGCCCAAAUGGUUGAAGCCUGAAAAUAGUUCAAAUCGUGUAUUUUUUUAUCGUGGAAAGCUACGUAUUCUGCCUGUGCGUCAGGAUGAAGGUGAUCUGCAUGAUCCAGUAAACAAUCUAAGCAUAUCCCAAGCCUUGGCGCUGCUGUCUGCACACCCAGAGGGAUUCUUGGCAUCAGGGUCAAUAACGAAAGCUGUUCAGAGAAAAAUCAAUGGGUACCCAGAGAAAAUUAAGGACUCCCUCCACAGAGCCCACAGCUUUGUUCCAGCUGGAAUUGCAGUGAUUCUAAAGGAACGUCCUCAAUUGCUGUCUGCUGGCAUUCAAGCAUUUUAUCUGCGGGACCCCAUUGACCUCAAAUCCUGUCGGACUUUCCGCUACUUCUUUCCAGCAACUCGGGUUUUGACAUCGGUCACCUUUACAAAGUGUCUGUAUGCCCAGCUCAACCAACAGAAAUUCCAUCCUGACAAGCGGAGCGGCUAUGCACUUCCUGCACUGUCAGACCCAGCGUACAAAGCCCACGAGCUUGGGAUGAAGUUGGCUCAUGGUUUUGAGAUUCUUUGUUCUAAAUGCACCCGAACUUCAUCUGAUACCACCAGAUCACCAUUGCAGACCCCACUGUGGACUGGGUUUUUAAAUGCCCUGAAGAAAAAUGAUUAUUUUAAGGGGGAGAUGGAGGGAUCUGCUCAAUAUUCUGAACUCCUGAAGCAUGCUGAGAUGUACUUCAUGCAAUCAGUAAUCAGACCUGAAAGUUCCAAAGCAUUCUCUCCUGGGGAAGAGGUUAUGCAUUUGCUAAACACACUGCCUGUUGAUAUGGAGGCCUUGAAGAAUGAAGAGGCUAAUCUACCCCCAGAUGAAGAUGACAGCUGGCUAGAUUUAUCCCCAGAAAGCCUGGAAAAGAUAUUACAGGAUGCAGCAGGUUCCAAGGAAUAUGUUCCAACAGCCACUGAAAAUGAGCAGAAAUAUAAUUUAUCUGAAGUAACAGAGAGCAUGAAGGCAUUUAUAUCCAAGGUUUCAUCACAUGAAGGAGCUGAAGUGCCCUGGGUUCCUUGUGAAGCACCAAUUUCUUUUGAUGUGGAUUCUUUCACCAGCGCCUUAGAAAAAAUUCUUGGCCCAGGCCCAGAGGAGCUGGAUUCAGAUGAUCUGGAAACUGAAGAGGAAUUAGAGUUUUUAGAUGAUGAUGAUGAUGAGGAUGAAGCUGAAGGACAGAGCAGACCUUGCAAAGAUGACCCAUUGAGAAAUCUGUACUCGUACAUGGAAAUUAUGGACAGGGAGUUGGCACAAACAAACAUUGGGAAAAGCUUCACUACUAAGACAAAACUGAGUGCUGCUACCCAAGCAGGGGCCCAGAGUGCAGAAGAUAGCAGCUCAGAAGAAGAUACUGCAGAAGAUGUUGGGCCGAGCCAAGUGGAUGUAGAUUUAAACCUGGUGACUAAUCUCCUCGAAUCUUACAGUUCUCAGGCUGGACUUGCUGGCCCUGCCUCCAAUAUACUGCAGAGUAUGGGGAUUCACCUGCCUGAUAAUACUGACCAUCAUCCAACCAGUGAGGGUUCAUUAAACUAAUGAGGAACAUAUUCAUGUACAACUACGACUGGGGGCACAUUGGUGGUGAUGUUACCAACAUCCAUGUUACCAUUGCUAGUGAAAGGACUUUCAGUAGUGUAACCUUCACUGAGUAGUGUAACCUUCACUGACAUAUUAACAUAGAUGUAUUUAAAAAAUACCUACUGUACAUAAUUGUUUUUUUUUAGCAAAGCUAUUUAUGGCGUUGUACAGAGAUAUUUUUUUCAAGAUAAAAAUACUU